AACCGCUUGCAGUCAUGUCAGGAUUACUUCGAUACGGGCUUUUGUUGAAGCCUCGUCUUCGAAUUGGUGCACUAUCUCGAUUGAUUCGGGGCCCCGUUAGACAACCAAGCGGUAUCGAAGGAUCACUGAGUUCUUGCAUCCGGACAAAGUACACAACGAGUUAUGUCCACGGCCACGAUCACUUCCCUAAUCCACCGGCCCUGGUCGGUAAAACCUUGGGCAAGGUGCUUGAUGAGAUGACGGAGAAACACCCAGAUCAAGAUUUCGUUGUAUUUUGUGAAGAUGGAGUCAGGAGGACCUUCCAUCAAUUCCAACAAGAGGUUGAUCGCUUAGCAGCCGGUUUGGUAUCGAUCGGGGCGAAGCGAGGGGAUCGCAUCGGUAUCUGGGGACCUAACUCCCUGGAAUGGACGCUUACAUUGUUUGCAUGUGCCCGUUUAGGCGCCAUCUUGGUCAACCUUAACCCUGCUUACGUGGAGAACGAACUGGAGUAUGCUUUGAAGAAGGCAAACAUAAAGCUGAUAGUAGCAUCGACGCCUUUCAGGACAAUGAGGUACUAUGAUAUUCUUGCUAGCAUCUGUCCUGAGCUCGAGAGGUCACCCCCAGGUCAUCUCAACAGUCAACGCCUACCAGAUUUGAAAUCCGUAAUCAUAAUGGGCAACGACCAACAUCCUGGCUCCUUAGUCUUCAAUGACGUCAUUGAUAUGGGAAGGGAGGAGCAUUAUGACAUCAUCGAACAGAGAAAGAAAUCUGUACAAUUUGACGAUAUCAUUAAUAUCCAGUUUACAUCAGGUACUACUGGUCAUCCCAAGGCGACGUGUCUCACUCACUUUCAAUUAAUCAACAACAUGGUGAUCUUAGAAAGCGUGACCAAUGUUGUCGGAAUCGACAAGGCAGGCUGUGUUCCUAUGCCUCUGUUUCAUUGUGGCGGCAUGUCAUAUCUUAUCCUUGGGUUGGUCUUCGGGAGUAAGACCGUCUUUCCGUCCGCUGGUUUCGAUGCCACCGCCUGCUUACGAGCUAUACACGAGGAGAGAUGCGCACAUUUAAUUAUGGUACCAACCAUGGUCAUCGAUUUUCUUCAACACCCUAAGCUGUCGACCUUUGACCUCAGUCCUCUACAAAGCCUGUCUUCCGGCGGAAGUGCCGUUCCAUCACAAGUGCGAAGGGAUGCAGAAGAGUUAUUGAAAGUGAAGACAAAGGUUCUAUACGGGAUGACAGAAGCUGCCCUUGGUGUAUUGGUGUCGCUAGAUACUGACCCGGAAUCAGCCCGGAUGAAACCGGCAGGCCGUGCUUUUCCUUGGAUAGAGAUAAAGAUUACGAACCCGUCAACGGACGAGAUCGUGGAUGUAAACACUCCUGGUGAACUUUGUAUUCGAGGUCCGUGUGUGAUGUCGGGGUACUUUGACGAUGACGAGAAAACCAAGGAGACCAUCGAUCAAGCCAGGUGGCUUCAUUCGGGAGAUCUCGCUUCGAUGGAUGAAGAUGGGUACGUUGAGAUCCUGAGUCGCAUUAAAGACAUGGUGAUCAGAGGAGGAGAGAAUAUUUUCCCCGUACAGAUUGAAAUGCUUCUUCAUAAACAUCCCAAGAUCAAAGACGUUCAGGUGAUUGGUGUACCAGAUGCUAGAAUGAUAGAAGAACUCUGCGCAUGUGUCAAACUGAAAGAAGGAGAAACGUUAACCGAAGAUGAAAUAAAGAAUUUCUGCAAAGGAAAGAUUUCCCAUUUCAUGGUUCCGCGCUAUGUGAGGUUUGUCAACUCAUAUCCGCUAACACAAAGUGGAAAGAUCCAGAAGUUUCAACUCAGAGAGGAUAUCAUCAAAGUGAUGAGAAAAGAAGGGAUACUAAACGAGUAAAGAUGCCUUCAAGUUGAUUUUAAAAGGACCUUGUUUUUAGAAGUGUUUGAUAUAUUAACAUUUUCCAAAGCAUAUUGCUUGAUUUAAAAAGCACUGAGGAAUUAAAUCUAUACGCUCACAAUACCUCACAAGUUUUACGUCUUAAGAACACUGUUUUCCAAUUUAACAGACUGAAAUAAUAAUAACAGUUACAUUGUACAUUAGAUAUAAGAUACUCACACGAAAUCAACAAUAGUCUUGCCAAUUCAAUAGAAUGGUUCCCAGUAAAUAAACUCUCUAUAGAUAUAUAUUUUGUUAAUUCCUAAAUUUCCUUCCCAACGAGAAUUAAUUCAAAACAAUCAUAUUUAUAUUGACUCGAAUCCAAUUGAACGAGUUGAUUAUAUGAAAUUUCUUGAUGUUGUUAUUGAUAAGAAUCUAAAAUGGAAAAGUCACGUAGACAAUCUCAAUCAAGUUUUGUCUAGAACUUGUGGUAUGAUAUGCAAGUUAUCUCAUACAACAAUCAUGUACAAAUACCAUAAGCAGGUUCUGCCACUGAUU